AAGCGGCCGAAAUGCACUUGUCUUGUGGGAAUCUGUUUCAUGCCGCAAAAUGUCGCGAAGAGGCUGCAAUGCUGUCGAAAGAUAUGGGUGAUAUGGAUGGAGCGAAGAAGUAUAUGGAGCUGGCAGCGGAUGGUUAUGCAGAAUCGGGCAGUAGCGAUACGUCGGCAAUGGCGCUUAAUAAAGCGGCCAGUUUUCUGGAAAACACAGAUCCUGAGAAAGCGAUUCAGGUUUACAAUAAGGCACUAACAAUGGUUCAACAAACUGAUCGUAUUCGUAUGGCAGAAGAAUUCCUGAAUCGCUUGACAAGACUGUAUUUAAAGCUGGAAAAGUAUAGUGAUGCGAUUAGAACACUUGACGAUCAGGUGGACAAAUAUAUGGAUUUGAAG